UGCGGUCGCUGUUUUACCCUACUGUUAAGGCUACCUAGACAGUUGUCAGUGUAGUUGCUGUUCAUCUUCGUUGGUGUUCAUCUUCGUCUACUUCACGGAAGUGAUACAGGUACAUUCGCAAAUGAGGAAGCAGUAACCUAAGCGCUAGAGACACUGAGCUGCGCCGUAAAUAAGUGAGUUGUGUUCCUCUGGAAAAAAGAAGAUAAAAGGAGAGCUUCUUAAACAAAAAUAAGCAUCAAAAGCUUGAGCCGAUCAUCAAUCUCCUCCUUCAAUUCUGAGGCUACGAACGUCUCGUCGGGUGAAUACUUGCAAGCUCUAAUGUUGUGAGAACUCUGGCGCUUCCAUCAUCGUCAGUGUGGAACCUUGUAGUGAAGAUUCAGAAAGCCUUGAUACUGAGCAGCCACAUGGAGAUGCAAAAAGAAGUACACUAGAUGUGGAGAUCCGCGGAUUUCUAUCGGAGAUCAGAGAAGGCCAGAGACG